GGCUUGGCAAGUGUCACAUUCAGAAUCUGUCAAAACAAAUUGGUCAAUGAUACUUGUGUCGAAACUUCCUUAAUUUACCAACAAAAUGGGUCUAUUUGGCAAAUCUAAUGAUCGAAAUCCAAAAGAAAUGGUAAACGAAUGGUCACACAAACUACGCAAAGAAGGGUACAAUUUGGAUAGACAAAUCCGAGCAAUACAGCGCGAAGAGGAAAAGAUCAAACGUUCGUUAAAAGAGGCAGCCACAAAAAACGAUAAGCAGGUGUGCACAAUAUUGGCGAAGGAAAUCAUACGGUCGCGGAAGGCGAUCAGUAAAAUAUACACUAGCAAAGCACAUUUAAACUCAGUACAAAUGCAGAUGAAGAACCAGUUAGCUACUUUAAGAGUUGCCGGGUCAUUACAAAAGUCCACUGAGGUAAUGCAAGCAAUGCAAGCCCUCAUCCGUUUACCCGAGAUAGCCAACAUCAUGCAAGACAUGAGUAAAGAGAUGAUGAAGGCGGGUAUCAUUGAGGAGAUGCUGGACGAGACCAUGUCUGCCGUGGAGGAUGAGGAGGAAAUGGAGGAAGCGGCGCAGAGUGAGGUCGACAAGGUGCUAUGGGAGCUCACGCAGGGCAAGUUGGGGGAAGCCCCCGCGCCGCCCACGGCCGUCGGGGCGCCGGGCACGAGCCGCGAGGCGGAGCCCGAGCCGGCCGUGCCGGACGAGGCGGAACUGGACGAGAUGCAAACCAGGCUCGAGGCGCUGCGGUCUUAGUGAUACGAAACUUACUUAUAAAGGACUCGCUAGAUGGCACUACGGAGCGUGAAGUCUGCUGUUGCCUUGUAUUUUGUACAUAAUAAGUUCUUAGAGAAUCGCUUAACGUUUAAUGUUGUGCAUUUUCGAAUAUUUGCAAUUAUGUUUUAUUAUAAAGUGUAUUUAUUUACUAAUUGGCAGAA